GUUUCUUCGCCCCUUUCGUCUUCGACAAGAAGAGCCUGGAGAAGACGAGUUCGCGGCUCCUCCGAGGAAGAGGAAGAAGGCGGCAGACGCGACGAUCGACGCCACGCGCGACGCAUGAACUUGUUGGGCAAGUUCGUUGCCGAUGGGGACGGGAAGAAACGCAAGCAGCAUGCCUGGAGUUGACACAUAAGAUAG